CCACCAGACGUACAGCGGUUCCUAACGAAACCGAUACUCCCAAAUCCUAACACCCGAGCGAGGCCGGCGCGGAUGGCGGAGGCGGCGGCGGAGGGGCGGAGGCCGGAGGAGGAGGACAGUCGAACGGAGCCGGGGGUGGGGAUGGACGUCCGGAAGGACGGGGUGGCGCGGGAGGUGAUUCGGAUGGAGCGGGAGGCGGUCAUCCCCGUGCUCAAGCCCAAGCUCGUCAUGCGCCUCGCUUACCUCAUCGAGCACGAGGCGGACCGUAACGAGUUCUUGAAGCUGUGCAAGAAGGUGGAGUACACCAUCCGGGCGUGGUACCUUCUCCAGUUCGAGGACCUGAUGCAACUGUACUCCCUGUUCGAUCCUGUUUCUGGUGAGAAGAGGCUGGAGCAGCAGAGCCUGACGCCAGAGGAGAUUGAGACUCUCGAGUUCAAUUUCAUGACGUAUCUUUUCCAGGUAAUGGAUAAGAGCAACUUCAAGCUGUUAUCUGAUGAAGAGUAUGAGGUUGCACAAUCUGGAAAAUAUCUUUUGAACCUUCCCAUCAAAGUUGAUGAAUCUAAGCUAGACAAGAAGUUGUUGACAUCGUACUUUAAAGAGCAUCCACAAAACAAUCUACCUGAAUUUGCGGACAAGUAUGUCAUCUUUCGUCGGGGCAUUGGAAUUGAUCGAACAACUGACUACUUUUUCAUGGAGAAAGUAGAUGUAAUGAUAUCACGAGCUUGGAGGUCAUUGCUCAGGGUAACCAGGAUUAAUAGAUUGUUUUCUAAGAAACCACAGUUGAAGCCAAAGAAAGACACGAAGAAGACUGAUGAAAUUGAUGGAGACACAGAAGAACAAGAACUGUUUGUUGAGCGAAUUCGAUUAGAAAAAAUUGAAUUAAGUAUAAAAAAUCUGUUGAGUAAGAUGACAAUUCAAGAACCUACAUUUGAUAGGAUCAUUGUGGUGUACAGGAGGGCUGGCACAAAGAUUAAAACUGAUCGAGGAAUAUUUGUAAAGCACUUCAAGAGUAUUCCAAUGGCUGACAUGGAAAUUGUUCUUCCAGAGAAGAAGAACCCUACUUUAACUCCAAUGGAUUGGGUCAAAUUUCUCAUUUCUGCUGUCAUCGGUUUGGUCACUCUAGUUGGUUCUCUUGAAAUGCCAAAGGCUGAUGUAUGGGUUGUCAUAGCAAUCUUGUCUGGUGUCAUUGGAUACUGCGCUAAGAUCUACUUCACAUUUCAGCAAAAUAUGUCAAUUUAUCAGAAUUUGAUUACAAAAUCAAUGUAUGACAAACAGCUUGAUAGUGGGAAAGGAACUCUUCUGCACCUAUGUGAUGACGUGAUACAGCAAGAAGUUAAAGAGGUAAUAAUUUGUUACUACAUUUUAAUGGAGCAGGGAAAGGCAACUGUACAAGAUCUUGAUUUACGCUGUGAAGAGCUAAUCAAAGAAGAGUUUGGCGCAGAGUGCAAUUUUGAUGUUCAUGAUGCUGUAAAGAAGUUAGAGAAGCUUGGUAUUGUUCAUCGGGACUCAAUUGGUAGGAUCUUAUGUGUUCCGUUGAAGCGUGCUAAUGAGAUCAUAGGCACCACCACGGAAGAAUUGGUGAUGCAAGCACAGCAGAGCCCUACCUCUUAAAGUUCCACAUCGCGAUGGAUUGUACCUCUACUCUGUAAAGCACGCAUCAGAAGUCUUCUGUUCACCCUGGAAAUUUAUUUGAUUGUACCGUGUAUCUUUGUGAUGUGGAAGUAAACUAAAUUAUCAUUGUAUUGUACCAUAAGAAGGAAGGUAAACUAAAGAAGUACCCAUGCGGCUAUAGCUACAACUACA